UUGUGCGCAUGCGUGCGCCUCCUGAGGCAGUGAGUGGCCAGUCUGUGGCGGGAAAGUGAGGAGGAGAGUCAAGAUGGCGCUGCGGCUGAGUGAGGGCGCCGUGGCGAGUAUCAUGCAAGGAGAGAACGUUGUGAAAGCUGUCCUCCAGCUGAUUAAUAUCCGACCCAUCUCUACAGGAAGUAGCCCUCCGCGUUACCGGAUGCUGAUGAGUGAUGGAGUGAACACACUUUCGUCCUUCAUGCUGGCGACGCAACUGAACUCCAUGGUGGACGACCAGAGCCUGGCUGUCAACGCCGUCUGCCAAGUUAACCGCUUCAUCGUCAACACCUUGAAAGAUGGAAGGAAAGUGGUGAUUGUGAUGGACAUAACGGUGCUCAAACCCGGGGAUGCCUCGACUCCUAAAAUUGGGAAUCCGGUUCCGUAUGUGGAAGGGGCAGCAGCGUCGGCAGCGUCAGCGGUGGAGGAGGAGAACAGGGGCCCUCCUCCCGCCAAGAUGCCCAGCAAGGGGCCCGCAUCCCAGUUCCCGACCACGCCGGGGGGCUCCCAGGCCAAAGUGGUGCCCAUUGCCAGCUUGAACCCCUACCAGUCCAAGUGGACCAUCUGUGCCCGGGUGACGCAGAAGGGCCAGAUCCGGACGUGGAGCAACUCCCGUGGGGAAGGGAAGCUCUUCUCCAUAGAGUUGGUCGACGAGAGCGGCGAGAUCCGAGCCACGGCGUUCAACAACGAAGUGGACAAGUACUAUCCUCUCAUUGAGCUGAACAAGGUGUACUACUUCUCCAAGGGGUACCUGAAGGUGGCCAACAAGCAGUACACGGCCGUGAAGAACGACUACGAGAUCUCCUUCGCCCACGACACCUCCGUCAUCCCUUGCGAAGACGCCCAGCACCUGCCCUCCGUCCAGUUCGACUUCGUCUCCAUCGCCGACCUGGAGACCACCGCCAAGGACGCCAUCGUGGACGUCAUUGGGGUCUGCAAGACCUACGAGGACGCCAUUAAGCUCACCAUGAAGUCCAACCGGGAGGUGUCCAAGAGGGACGUGCACUUGGUGGACGCUUCGGGCAAGACGGUGACCGUCGCGCUUUGGGGGACGGAGGCGGAUAAGUUCGACGGCUCCCGCCAGCCGGUGGUGGCCAUCAAGGGGGCCCGGGUCUCGGACUUUGGGGGCCGGAGCCUCUCGGUCCUCUCGUCCAGCACGCUGGUGGUCAACCCGGACCGCCCCGAGGCAUUCAAGCUGCGCGGAUGGUUCGACUCGGAAGGGAAAUUCCUGGAGGCGCCGUCCAUCUCCAAUGGCCGGGACUUCGGAGGAGGCGGAGGAGGGGGAGGAGGAGCAGCCCCCGUCUGGAAGACCCUGCGGGAGGCCAAGACCGGGAACAUGGGCCAAGGAGACAAGGCCGACUUCUACAGCUGUGUGGGGACGGUGGUCUACCUGCGGAACCAGAAGUGCCUCUACAAGGCCUGCCCCUCCCCGGACUGCAACAAGAAGCUGGUGGACGAGCAGAACGGCCUCUACCGCUGCGAGAAGUGCAACCUGGAGACUCCCAACUUCAAGCACCGCAUGAUCCUCCAGGUGAACAUUGCAGACUUCCAGGACCAGCAGUGGAUCACCUGCUUCCAGGAGGCUGCGGAGACCAUCUUGGGCAAGGAUGCCACCUAUUUGGGCGAACUGCGGGAAAAGAACGAAUACGCCUUCAACUCGAUCCUUGAGAAGUCCUUCUUCUCCACCUACGAAUUCCGGAUGAGGGCCAAGCUGGAGACGUUCAAUGACGAAUCACGUCUGAAGACGACGGCGCUGGAGGUGAAGCCGGUCAACCACCGGGAGCACGGCUACCGCCUGUUGCAGACCAUCCGGAGCAACGCCGAGCGGUUGCGCUGAGAGCAAGGUCCAGGGUCGGGGGAGAAACAACAACAACAACAACCCAAUGAAGGCAAUUGGAUUGGAUUGGUUUCAAUUGGCUCUCUCUCUCUCUCUCUCUCUCUCUCUCUCCGUCUCUCUGUUCCUUUCCCCGUUGCCUUCAAAGGCUCCUUUCGGCCGCUCGCUCGGUUGACGCUCGGAAUGGCAAUAUGUUGGAAUUAUUAAUCAAAGGCCCGUAUCUCUUCCAUCUGAAGAAUCUCCUUCCUUCGGGGGUUUAAUAGGCUGACUCAGAUGGGCCUGAUAUUAAUCAAAAUUGUCUCUUCUGAGAGCGGACGAUAAGCGUCGGCGCGGCACUCCCCGGGGGACAUCGGGGCAACUACAAAGCACACCCCGGCGUUGAUUAUUUCCUCCCUCUCUCACUUCAAUUAAUGCCGGGUUUUGGGGGUUUUUUUUUUGGCGCUACCUGUCCAUAGUUUUGUUGCCGUCGUUGGUUCCGGCCUUGGCAGGCGAGCGAAUUUCCCUUCCCAAAUUGGCUCGCUCGCUCGCUCUCCGCUCUCAAUAAAACGCUCUUCAGUCGC